AAGCCUUGCCUGUCAGGUUACAAACAGGAAGAAAACAUCCAGUUGUUGUCCGAGCCAGGGACUGGAGUAGCAGCUUGCGUUCGAGUGGCUCCGGAAUGAGGCGUCUUUGAGGGUUGGAAACCAGCCGGGGUGUUACCAUGGUGUGUCCGAAGUAGUGACAGAACCGACUGAUAGCACGGGAAUUCAGUGCUGCUCUACUUUCCUCCGGGUGCGACUGUUGAAACGAGGUGUGAAUGAGUGACGUGGUGCCUCCCACAGCUCUCAGUGAAGUCCAGCUCCGCUUCCUUUGUCACGAUGACAUAGAGAAUGUCAAACUGCUGUGUGGUGACUGGUUCCCCAUCGAGUACCCAGACUCAUGGUAUCAAGAUAUCACCUCCAACAAGAAGUUCUUCUCCCUCGCUGCCACCUUCAGAGGAAACAUCGUGGGAAUGAUUGUGGCCGAGAUCAAAAGCCGGACCAAAGUGCACAAGGAGGAUGGAGACAUCCUGGCCUCCAGUUUUCCUGUGGACACACAGGUCGCCUACAUCCUCAGCCUGGGAGUGGUCAAAGAGUUCAGGAAACAUGGCAUAGGCUCCCUACUGCUGGACAGUCUGAAGGAGCACAUCUCGACGACCGCUCAGGACCACUGCAAGGCCAUCUACCUGCACGUCCUCACCACCAACAACACUGCCAUCCACUUCUAUGAGAACAGGGACUUCAGGCAGCACCACUACCUUCCCUACUACUACUCCAUACGCGGCGUCCUCAAAGACGGGUUCACAUAUGUGCUCUACAUUAACGGCGGUCAUCCACCCUGGACAAUAUUUGACUACAUCCAGCACAUUGGCUCCACCCUGGCCAGCCUGAGCCCCUGCUCCAUCCCACAGAGGCUGUACCGCCAGGCCCAGUCGCUGCUGCGCUCUCUGCUCCCCUGGUCCAACAUCGCCUCCAAAACCGGCAUACAGUACAGCAGGACCAUGUGACAUGGAGCAGAGGAGGGCCGUUCGCGAUGGGAGCCGUGCCGUCUUUGUCAUCGUCUCGCUCUUUUUAUCUGUUUUCUGUUUUUUUUAGGAGCUCGACCGUCCUCGUCAGUCUUACCCCUCCGCUGUACAGACCAAAUUCACGACAUUCUCAAUCUCUUCCGGCUUCCCUCUUCCUGCGUGCAUGACAACGGACUCAGGUUAAGCAUCCCCUCGUUCCCGCGCCAGAUCCUUGCCGUCGAUUCAAAACGCGUUCGGCGCCGAGCCUGCAGAUUCACAGGGUCGUAUUUAUAAAGUAGUUCCAGGUGAUUUUAGAGAUAUUCGCUUCCGAGGUAUUCUUCUUCCCGCUACUUGGCUGUAGUCAUGAACCACUCAGGUUACCCUGCCUGUAACCUGUGUUUACCCCGUUACUCCACAGCUGAGCCAAUCCAGAUUGACUUUGAGGCCAGACAGCGGAGCUACAGGUCAGAUAAUGACACGCAGAGGUCAGCAGAGGUCGUACCGUGAGACUGAAAUGAUGGUGCACGCUCACCAGGAACCACAGAGAGAGACUAAAGUUUUACGUCUCUUUUCAUCUUGUUAACUACUGUCAGAUACUAUGUAUUCUAUUUGUAUAUAUUAUAUUUAGCUAAUAUAUGAAUUUAUCUUAAUAUGUAUGUCGAUUCUAUUGUAUGUCGUUAUUGGGCUUAGUUUGACGAUGACCCAUUCUUGUCCCGUUUCUUUUGUUUUUCUUUUAAGUCUAGAUUUAAGUCUGAAUCAUUCACAGUUUUGUAAAAUUGACACUGAAAAGCAAAUUUUAUUGAUGAGAUUAUCGUAAUGUGAUUGAAAUAAAUUUGAUUUGGCAAAUUAUCUCUUUGAAACCAUUUACGUUUUCUAGGGGUGCAGUUUUCUGGCCGAUCGAUGAUCGGCAGGCAGUAUUUAAAAAAUAACCUGACCUGCCCAUUCCAAUUUUGGCCGAUCCAGAUUGGUUUUUGUCUGAAAUGUUGCUAAAUGUAGCAACAUUUGUAGGCCUUUGAAGAGGUAGACAAGAUCGGUUUCACAUGUAAGUAUCGACCGAUCUCCCAAAAUUAAGGAAAUCUGUGCACUCCUAAAUUUUUCCCCGCAAACACUCAUCAAAAUGAGUCUUUUAUUAGAAUAAAAGACUCAUAAAAGAUUCUAUGGCUAUACAUUCUGGCCACUGAACGAUGAUGCAGAGCUGUUUAAGGAAAUGCUCUCAACCUCAUUUAAAAAUCGUCCAAACACAGUCCUUGUUUUAUACAUUUUAAAAGCUGACUGAGUGCAGUCUUUUUUCUUUUUUUUUUUUACUUUUAUUUGCCUCUUUAUUGCUGCUAGUAUGAAGAAAUUUCCAAAUGUGAAGAAAUUUCUGUGCAGAUUUAAAAAAAAAAGAAAAUAUCCCAGUUUAGAUUUUUAUGUCAGCCUGUGAAAGAGAUUAGAAAAUACAUCCACUUCAUAUUCCUGCACACAUGCAGGAGGUGUGAGUUUUUGUGUGUUUAUUUAUCAGCACCGGCUUUUUUAUGUUUCGUUCUAUUUGAAUCAGAAGUAAGAAUUGGGAAUGACGUCAAAAAUAAAGGGAUAGUCUAUAGAAUCUCACUCUGGUUAAUAUGUUACUCACAGUAGAUAACUCCAAUCUCGAAAUGUCAAAAUAAGUUAUGUGAGAGAUGUCUUAUAAAUCUUUGAUUUGUUCCCACUGGGCGAUUAUUUAGCCGGAAGCCAAUGAUUACACACACAGGAAAUUGAGGUUGGAGUCAGCGCGCCUCCAAUGAUCUUCCUGUGUGAAACACAUACUGUGAAUUAAUAUUUAUUGUGUUUAUUGAUCAAACUGGUGAUCCUGCUGCAACAUACUUAUUAAUAGAGAGAAGUAAACUCCCAUUAGUCCAAAUAUGGCUUUUAUUACUGUAGCAGUCGCCACAUUUUAUGCGUUAGCUGGCAAAUCAAGUUUUGAGGUUCGGUGAGAAAUUUUCAUCCUCCAAAUUUCUGUAUCUAUUUUCACGGUUUUGUUUUUUUUUGUUGUUGUUUUUAUUGUUUUUUCAAUCUCGACUUGUGGAUUCAAAUGGAGCACAUGUAAGUGCCAAAUGCUAACAGUGACAUCAGGAAGCAACGCUGCAGUUUCUCAGUUUCAUUCUGUUCUGCUGGAGUUGAGAGGGAUUUUUACACCCAGGAGCUAAUGGAUCAGCCACUGAGCGAAUAAUGGAUUGUUUUGUUUGUUUUUUCUUGUUUUUCUUUUUUACUUGAUAUAGUACUGGGUUGAGGUAUGGGUGACAGUGUGGAGAAAUGGAAGUUCUUUGUGGAAACCUUAACAUUUCUCACUUUCCCUGCCCUGUGGAAGGUGAUGCAAGUUCUUUGCAGACAUUGUUUAUGCAAUAAAUCUGUUUCAUUUCAG